UGUAUGUUUUCAGACAGCUGGAGUCAAGAUGAAGAUACUUGUGGUUUUUCUCUUAGCGGCGCUGAGCUGCAGUCUGUCUGAAGGGCGAAUUGUGUCCAAAUGUGAACUGAAGGACGCUCUAAUGACGGCGAUCGGUCAGCUGCCAGAGAAGGCGAAGCAGAGAGGACUGACUGUGGACAAGUUAGUGGCCAAGAUUGUCUGUCACGUGGAGUUUGCGUCAGGUUUUAACACCAGUGCGGUGGAUCUGCUGACCUCCUGCACUGACGACCAUCACGGCAGGAAGAAGAGGGGGGUAUAUGGCGGUCUGUUCAGCAUGGCCGAGCCUGAAGACCCAACCGUGCAGCCCCACACCCGCCAGCAACGGAGCGCUGAGGAUUCGUCACACGAGCGACAACCGAAACCCCCGAGGUCCAACAGGCCUUCAAGCCAGGACGGGGAUGUCUGCACGCUCUACGGUCUUUUCCAGCUCAGCAGUCACCUGGUCUGCAGCGACGGCAGUCCAUCACCCAACAUCUGUGGGAUGGACUGCAGCGAGUUGACUGAUGACAACAUACAGGACGACAUCAGCUGCGUGUUGAAGAUCUUCACCUAUUUUAUUGACAACGGUUUCGGAGCGCCCCACUUCAAGGCGUUAACACAGAUGAUCAGGCUCAUCUACCAGGAAGAGUGCAGGGAUGUAAAAGCCUCUGACUACUUUACCGAUUGCACACUGGAAGUGUGAUGUGAUAAUAAAGUGAAGUAUGUUGCACUAUAAUCCAAAAUUUGAAUCUGCCCUGCAGCAUUGUGAGGAAAGAAAAAAACGAAUUUCCUCUAAAAUUCAAUAAAGAUGAUUUAAAGGCUUUAAA